AUGGGGGCAUCGCUGACCAAGCAAGAGGGAAGCCUUUGCACCGCUGCGAGAGGUGGCAAGCUGGAUGUGAUCCAAUCCUGUCUCGACGACGGCGCCAACGUCAACUGCUUGGCCUUCGCGGGUUGCACGCCAUUGCACUUUGCUGCUUCUCAUGGCCAAUAUGGCGCCGCCGAUCUGUUGCUCACGAGGGGCGCUGCCAUCGCCGCCAAAAACGACGCUGGUGAAACACCCUUGUAUGUUGCUGCUCUGCGUGGUCACUUGGCCACCGUACGCCUGUUGCUCGAGAAGGGCGCUGCCACCGCCGCCAAAACCAAGCGUGGGGACACGCCAUUGCACGUUGCUGCUCGGUAUGGUUACUUGACCGUCGUACGCCUUUUGCUCGAGAAGGGCGCGGACGUCACAGCAAAAAACGGGAAUGACGAGACGCCACUCGAGCUUGCAAAAAGUAAGCUUCAUUUCCACGUCGCCCUGCUUCUCUCCUCCAAGGAAAACAACGAUGAGCCCUUGGCAGUGCUGCUACUUGUGGCCUCCUUGGCAAAGUAUGCAGGUUCCAAGUAUGGUCCGUACGUUGCAACUUUGCUACUCUAUGCGAUCGUGCUUGGGGUCGUGUACACGCUCUUCCUCGUGAUGCUUUGGACUCACUUCAACAAGCUCUUCCUCGUGAUGCUUUACGUCGUGUACCAGCUCUACAUUGUGACCACGUACCUGCUGGGAGCACUGUUGUACAAUUUAUACCUACUUCUACUCUGGACCCGAGCCGACCCCUUGCCGCCGCAAAGCCUUUUCUUGGCUGCAAGAGACGGUGACGUGGAUGCCGUGCGAUUCCGUCUGUACGAAGGCCACAGCGUCAACGCCAAGGGCGAGGUACGCGACCCUGCGGGCUCUUCGGGCACAAACAAGGGCACCAAGCUCACCGACUUUGGUGCUUCCCGCGUCGCCGAAGAAGACGAUCUCAUGACCAACGGCAUCGGCACGUACCAGUGGAUGGCACCAGAAGUCAUCUCGGGCACCAACUAUGGCGCGCUAGCCGACGUCUACUCGUUCGGUAUCAUGCUUUCUGAGUUUGCGACACACCAAGUGCCGUACGCCGACCUGCGCCACCCAGACUCGGGCAAGGCUCUCCCGCAGCACUACGUCUUGAACAACGUUCGUGAAAGCACGCUGCACCCGACGUUCGACGGCGAAGGCGUGCCGGCAUGGGUCAAGGACAUUGGUUUGCAGUGUCUCUCGCUGUACGAAGAGGACCGUCCGACGGCGCUGCAGACGGCGAGACUGCACUACACGUCGCUGCGGCUCACGGCCGUGAAGACGCGGUCCAGUACUUAAAGGUAAUAGCCUAACUGGUCGCGAUCCCGUUCUUCUGGGUGCUCUGCGACCGUGGUUUGGCCGUGCUACAGCCCUCGCAACCAACUCUUGCUACGCUCGACCGAGUGCACAAACAUAGCUUAGCUCACAACAUACAUACCUUUUGGCCUUUUGGCCCUUAGCGCAAAUUUGGUCGUCAGAUAACUUACCACCGCCAACGACUUGUCGGCAGUGGUGUCCAAUGAGGUCCCAAGCAGC